AUGCCACACAUCUUCCAAGGCUCUAUUGAAAACGCCACAACAUUUGUUGAACUAUUCCGCGUUUUUAAAAAAUUAGAAGCGGAGACCCUCUCCAUAUUGUUUUCAACUGAUGGCGUUUACUUUAAAGUUGGUUCCCAAGAAGCAAUCCUUUCUGUAGCUGUCGAAAAAGAGUACUUCUCACACUUCGUCUCAAGCAGAAAUGUAGUAGCCGUAAUAAAAAAAGCAUUUUUGUGCGACUUUUUAUGCUCAGUGUCUGGGGUUGGCAGUUCCCUCAAUAUCACUUUGACUGGGGAGACUAUCAAGCUUACAACCAUAAGACCCAACAACAUCAAAGUGUCGUCAAAACUCAAUAUCACUUACGCAACAAAUGAUUUAACACUUUUGGAACCCAAAACUCGAGCAGAUGCAACAAUAGCAUUUGCAACAAAGGAUUUAAUAUCAAUCAUAAAAACAGUUUCUCGACUCAAUCAACAAACCACUACAUUUAAAUCGAAGUCUGACGGUAGCCUUGAGGUUAUUGGAUCGCCCACUGAUGUUUUCAAAAAGUCUGUCCAAUAUUUCCCAGGAAUUUCGUCGAGAAAAGCUGUCGAAACCAAAGUCAUGACUGACACUCUCCUCAAGGUAGUUGGUCCUUAUCUUGAUGAGGCACGACUCUACCUCACAAAGGGAGAGAGUCUACGUAUUCAAUAUCGGGACGCACUGAUAUCUAUUAUAAUAGAAGUAGCAGAAGCGACUGAUUAA